CAUCGUAUAUUUAGUGGAGCGGUGAGGGUGCAGAGUGGUGGUGGGGGCUAGUGAGGGUGUGAGGGUACUGGGGGCGGAAGAGCUCACAAAGCCGGCCAGGGGGCGCCACACCGAGGCAGUAGCAGCAGCCAGGAGUGCCCAAUACCUCACAGUGCCAGCGGGUCUGGCGGUGUGAACGUGUGGUACAUGUGAUGAGUGAACAAGUCCCGCAGGAUGGACCACCACCCGGGACGCCCACCCGGGACCUUACGCCUGAGCCUCUCCCUCAGGAGCAGGAUGCUCAGCAAGAGGAGGACGAGGAGGAGGAGGAGGAGUUGCAAGAUUUGCAAGAUUCACAAGAGUUGCUGCACUCUGGGGGCGCUGAUGGCGGGCUGAGUAUCACUGAUGAUAACGACGACAACAGGAAGAUGUCAGAGGAUUCGAUAAUAUCCGCCAGUCCUCGAGGAUCGCCACUGCUGCGGCCUUCGGGUCGCGGGAAUUACCAAGACUCUGACUCGUGUCCAAGUGUGUCGCCCAGUCCGGAUCCGGACUCCCGCCUCGCCACCUUUGACUUCAACAUGAUUGAGAUGCCGGUGGAGGGCGAGGCAAUAUCCGCCGCCUUACAGACGGAGCGAGAUUUUUUGGACUUCAUGCUGUCACUUCCUCAGGUACAGAAGGAGGGUCCCGGCCGGCCAGUCCACGCACAGAAAGAGAGCCCAGGCCGACUUGCUCAAGUACAAAAAGAGGGCCCUUCACAGAAAGUAAGUCCAGGACAGCUACCGCAGGAAGGGGCCCCACAAUUACGGUCAGAACAUCGGAGUCCGUCACGGCCGCCCGCCACUGUGGGCGGCGUUGUGAACACCAAAGUUGGCCUCGAUCAUCUCGAUAAUCUGUGUCGCAUGAUGGAACAACUUGGUGAACUUCGAGAACAAAAUACUCGCCUUCAACGACGCGUUCACUACCUCGAAGAGCUACAGACCCUUCAAGAAAUGCAUCGCCAUCUUCAGGAAACACUAGAAGCUCGCCGAUCAGGACUGGGAUUAGGUCCAAUCCGUCUGUCGGACUCGGAUUUACAUCUGGACGACGACGGAGACGGCGGCGGAGGAGAAAUGUCCCGUCACGGGUCUGAGGAGAGCUUGCUGCUACUCUCCCACCGUCCGACACACAAAGGUAAGCAACGGUUUGCCCCUACCAUGGUCCGCUCACGGAGUAAGUCAGUGGGCACGGACUUGCUGACUGCCGAUAUUCAGCCCGUGCCCAAAACCAAAGUGUCGGGAUGGAAAAGAGUGAUAGAAGCUUUGAGAUGGGAACGUGCGCUUUUGUUACCCCCUGCGCCUACCCCAGCCACCGCCACCAGUGCCCACCACCCCACGUCCCCCCAACCUACCCCUAGCCCUCAGCCCACCACACUCCAGGACCCGUUCACACGUCCCCAAUCCUCGUCCUCGUCAUCCAGCAUCCUCACGGAGGUGAUGACUGAAGAAGAACUCAACCUCUAUCGUCAGAACUACGACAGCAAUCAGUUGCUGGACCUCCCAGAGUCUGCCUGCCGACGACAUUCCAGCUCCGAGGACGACCGGCGUGCCACCACCCUCGACCGUGACUCCCGGGCGCGACCCCACGACAAGGAAAAGAAAGGCCAUCGCUCAGCAUGGGGCAAGGUAAAGAACAUGAUAAGCACGAGGCGGGACAGUGUAAGAAAGAAGUCUACGUCGUCACACCGCAAGUCAACAGUAGAUCGGCCAGGCCACGAUGCCCACACCGGCGUCACCGUCGAGGUCUCCGCCGCCUCCGACCCAGAGGACUACGAUGUGGACUACGAUGGUGUGCCUGCAGAGGUGGGGGAGGUAGGGGUGUCUGGGGGAGUGGAGGGAAGUGAGGGAGAGUGGGAGACGGGAGGAGUGUGGACAGGACCACGGGAGACGGGAGGGGUGUGGACGGGACCGCAGGAGGAGUCACCUGUCACCACCACAGUCACCAGCCUCGGUGUUCGAAGGGCAAAGCCACAGCUAACUAUCACUGUCCCGUCUAGUGAAGACCUCACUCAUCUGCACGGAGGAGGAGUGGGAGACAGGGCCCGACCGCCUCACAGGUCCCCGGAGCAGCGCCGGAGGAAAAUCUCACCGUCACAGUUGGACCCCGGAGUGCUCUGCUCGCUGCCCAUGACGCCUCCCUCAGCACGCAGACCUUCACACUGGACCAAGGUGAAGAAGGCCUUCCUUACCACGCAGCAGCAACAGCAACACGCCAAGUCCAGCAUCCACCUCACGGCUCUGGGGGGAUCCUCCUCCCUCCCUCCCUCACCCAGCAAGAAGUCAUCCUUUAACUUCGAUGGUCCGCCACAUUUGGGCGUCUUGGCUGAUCUGCAGAAGAGUCUUAGUGGGGAGUUCAGCAGACGUCUGCAGGAGUGGGAGAAGCUGAAGGGCGGGGCAGGGCCGGGCGUGCCCUGUGCCUCGGGCUGCGGCGCCCUCGUCCUGGCACCCGGAGUGGUCGCCACCCACCCUGAAGACCACCUCCCCUACGAGUUCCGCAAGAAGCUUCACGAGUGGGAGAAGAUGAAGGAAAGGGAGAGGGAGAAGGGUAAGGUUGAGGUUCCGCGAGGACAGGAAGAUGUCAAGACCAAGAUUCAUGGCGAGGAUGAUCUUCCUGCAGACUUCAGGAAGAAGCUGACUGAGUGGAAGAUCCGAAAGGCUUUGGUGGGGCAGAGCCAGCACAACGUGGAGGAGCUGCAGAAGAACCUUGGUGAAGAGUUCAAUCGUAAGAUGGCGGAGUGGGAGAGAAUCAAGGCCUCGGCCAGCCACGGACACAUGAAGCCCGCUCCAGGACACCCGCAGGUGAAGGCCUCGGCCUCUGCAGGCAACAUUCAGGUCAAACCUUCUGUCUCUGCGGGUCAGAUCCACAAACCAGGCAGUGUCUUCAGUCAGUCUCAGGUUAAGACCUCGGUCUCAGCGAGUCAAGUUCUAGCCAAGCCCAUGACUGUUGGACCUGGCUCCAGUCCCAGGCUGGACAGGAAGGGAUCAGGUCACAAGAUCAAGAAGAUCAAGUCAGGCAAGACGGACAAGGUGCCCCUGGGUAAAGCUGAGAGCGGACACAAAGGGCGCGACAAGUCUGACAAGGAACUGCAGUGGCUGGAGAAGGAGCUGAACAAGGUGGAGAGGGAGACGCAGAGACUUGAGAGAGAGAAGGAGAAGUUCCUGGAGAGACAAGCCAGACUGGAGAAGAUGCGGCAGGCCAUGGGUCAGGGAGGUCCGGCCAAGAAGAAGGAGAUCUACAUCAAGACGUCGACGGGAGAGUUCCGGUUCGAGGGUAUAAGCCAGACGUUCACCAAGAAGCUGUACGAGUGGGAGGAGCGGCGAGGCAUCCGGCCGGAGUCCUCCACCAUCGCCCUUCUUGACCCCAACUACAAGGCCCCGGAGAAGGAGGUCCAGGAGAAGCCCAAGAGCCCAGAGCUCCUCAGGCUCGUCAGAUCCAAAUCGGAGUCGUCGAUGAAGGCGGAGUUGGUGGCGACGCCGGCGCACUCUCACCCCUCCAGCCUCUCCCUCAACGAGAUGGAGACCGAAGACCCCGGACUCCAGGCGGAGAACAAGGCGGCGAGUGAGCCGACGCUGGCCGCCGACGACCCCAGCAGCACCCCCAAGGUGGCUGUUCUGGUGCAGCUGGAGGAGGUGGUGGACGACAACGCCUCCCUCCUCCACGACCCCGCCACACCCUACGCCCCCGCAGAGAUCACCAGGAACAUCGACUCCUCCGGAAGUGAGGAGGACGUUACCCGGCGCCGACGGGCCGCCGGCGACGACGAUGACGACGACGUGGUGAAGAACCUGCGGCGUUCCGACAGCAGCCGCACCGAGGGCUCCUACCGCUCCCUCCUCCACGAGAACAUGAGCCUCCUCGACAAGCUCCGCCAGCAGGAGGACCUCUGCCGUGCUCUCGAGACGCAGAUGGGAGAUAUCGACUCAAAGAUGGACAACGUGGCCGACCAGCAUCUUAGGACCCUAGGUAGAUGCAGUCUGGUGUCGUCUGUGGGACGCGCCUUCAGGCUGCACAAGGAGCACGAGACAGAAAUUGCCGAGUCUCUGGUGCAGAGAAUACGCGAGCUGCAGGACGCUGGCGCCGAGGUCAACAUCCACACCGUUCCCUGCCAGGCGCACCACCUCGCUCUCCCGCCUGACCACAGCCUGGUGUUGGACGACCACCAUCACGAGGACCUGCACGACCACCACCAGGCCAAGGACGAGGCCGCGCCCUCUGGCUUGGAAAAGGAGACGUUGAAGGACGAACUGAAGAUCGUGGAGGAGGAGGAGGAGGUUGAGCGGCGAGAGAGUCGUCCCCGGGAGCAUCGCAAGGUCAAGAAGGCUCCGCCCAAGAAGGUUCAAAAGCUGCAUAACCUGACGGGCGACCUCCUCUUCCAGGCAAAGCGGCUGGAACAGGCGUUGGUGGCCAAACACGGCCUGGAACGGAGGGGCGGCGGAGGGUCGUCGUCUUCGUACCGCCAGAGGAGCCUGAGAGGGCGGUCGUCCCUGCGUCUGGCGGGCGACCUGGCCGCCUCACCCCAGCGGCGCGGCAAGGACCCUUCCCCGAGGACCUGGGCAUCUAUUGAGGCCAUCGCUGUGCCCGGCGAGUCUUCUCAUAGUUGUGGGAGCUGGGAGGGGAGUGGAGGGCAGCAGGCGGCGGCCAGAGCUGCAGCAGGCGCCCUCGUCUCCAGCAGAAGCUUCAGGGGUCCCUCCUCCGCCACCUACUCCUGCGACCCGCAAGAUCUCCUCGCUAUGAACGCCGAACUCAGCCGCAUGGCCAAGGAACUCCGCGUCGAAAUGAUGAAAAUGUGGAGCUUUAGAGAUUCCACCUCACCAGAGUCGGAGACCUCGGAGCCCCUGUGUGUGCGGGGGGUGGAGGAGGACCCUACGACUGGGAACGAGCGGCUGGUGGCUGAAGCCAACGAGGUGUUCCAGAGUAUUGCCUUGCUCCACCAGGAUGCCUCCCCACCUUCCCCCCACAUCGCUAGGUCACCUUCCUCUCGCUCUCGAAGGUCACCCUCAACCACCUCGCUCUCCAAGCGUCGAGAGUCAGCCGGGUUGGAGGAGAAGCGUUCCCGCCGUCCCGUUGAUGAUAGAGAUCACAGCUCUACCAAUAGCACUCCUUCAAGACGAGACUCCAGUCGUCGUCAGCAACAGCAGCAGUUGGAUGAGGAGCAGCGGCACCAGAAGCAGUCAGAUGUGUUCUUGCCAGCAGCCACCACCUUAGGGGAGCUGCUCAUGCGGUCACAACAAGAACAGGAAGAUGAGGAAGAAGAGGAGGAGGAGGAUGAGGAGGAGGAAGAGAGGACAUGGGAGGGCCCUAGACGGCGGUCCUCUGAUGGGUUGUCCACAGUUACCUCGGGGUCUUCCCGCUCCCACUCUCCCUCGCCCAGUAUUGCCUCCAGUGCCCCUGAGGCAGAGGCAUCUCCGCGAGCAGAAGAGGAGGAGGAGGAGGAGUGUGCCUCCCUGGCGGGGACCUGGAAGACAGCUACCACCUCCACUUCCCGCUCUGCUCAACACAUGCUCUCCUCCAGCUUCGAGUGGGAGGAAGAGGAAUCAGAGGACCGGAAGAGGCAAAAAGACAGAUGGAAGGCCGUAGAAGAGGAACAGGAGGAGGAGACAGAGAAGAAACUCAAAGGAAAAUGGAAAACCGUUGCAGAUGGAGGAGGAGGAAUUGAGGAACAGAAGUCAAGAGGCAACUGGAAGGCAGUAGUAGAUGAGGAAGGAGUAGAAGAGAAGAAACCAAGGGGAAGGUGGAAAGCAAUAGUAGAUGACGAAGAGGAAGUAGAAGAGAAGAAACCAAAGGGAAGAUGGAAAGCAACAGUAGAUAAAGAGGAGGAAGUAGAAGAGAAGAAACCAAUAGGAAGGUGGAAAGCAAUAGUAGAUGAAGAAGAGGAAGUAGAAGAGAAGAAACCAAAGGGAAGAUGGAAAGCAAUAGUAGACGAAAAGGAAGAAGAAGAAGAAGAAGAAGAGAAGAAACCAAAGGGAAGAUGGAAAGCUGUAGUAAAUGAAGAAGAGAAAGUAGAAAAGAAACCAAUAGGAAGAUGGAAAGCAAUAGUAGAUGAAGAGGAAGAAGAAGAAGAGAAGAAACCAAUAGAAAGAUGGAAAGCAAUAGUAGAUGAAGAAGAUGAAGUAGAAGAGAAGAAACCAUUAGGAAGAUGGAAAGCUGUAAUAGAUGAAGAAGUAAUAGAAGAAAAGAAGCAAAGAGGAAGGUGGAACGCAGUGGUAGAUGAAGAAGGAAAGGAAGAGAAGAAACGUAGAGGCAGAUGGGAGGCAGCUACACAAGACAAAGAAGUGGAAAAUAAACAGGUAAAAGGCAGCAUGAAGGCAGAAGAAAAUGAAAAAGAACCAAUAGACUGCUGGAGGGAAGUAGUGGAUGAGGAAGGCAGCAAGAAGAAGAAUCGAAAAGGCAGAUGGGAAGUGAUAGCCGAAGAAAAACACGAAAAAGAAAGAGAUCAAAAGAAAUCCAAUAGAAAAUGGAAGGCAGUUAUGGACGAGAAUGAGAAGACGGGAAUGACAUCGCGGGCAGGCGGAGCACUCCAGACGGAGGUGACGUCAGGGGCAGUGUGCGAGGGUGACGGGGCCCUCCAGACGGAGGUGACGGUGACGGGGGCGCGACAGCCUGCCAGGCAGCUGAGGACACGACGCAUCUCAGACACACAGGUGGAGUACGAGAAUUAUGGACAAAACAACAGGGACGAGUGUUUCGCCUACACUUUCAGCAGGACCGUGUAUGAUGACGAGGCGCUGACUGCUGGCAGACUCAGUCGCAACCCUUCUGUGCGAAGGGCCAACUCCCGGGACGCCGACGACGCUUCAUGGCGGAGGCUCAGGGCACUACCCUCCAUGACAGAUGACUCGUCACGUACAGACAGGUCUCCUGAUGUCUUUGUGCCUACUAAACGAACCAUUUUUACCGUAUAUGGUGAAGUCCAUAACCCCGAGCAGGCACGAGCAACACCCACUUUUGUCGACAGUCAGGAUGAUGAGCAAGAGGCGGGCACGGUGUCUUGGCGCAGAAGUCACAGCCAACCCAUUUCUCCAACUGAAAAUAACAGCACUCCAACCACUCCUUUGCAAAAGAGAAGAAACAGUUCCAAACGUCCUAGUCGCCACUGUGGCAAGGCUAAUGUGGUUAAAACAGGUAUAAAAGAAAUUGGAAGAGCUAAAUCAGAAAAUGGGGCAAUUACAAAAUACUCUCAAGCCCAAACGUCUGAUGCCAUAGUCACUGUUAAGUUAAAAAAUCAAACCGAUAGUUUGCCUAAAGAAGCUGAGAGAGAAGAAACACGCACAGACUUAAAUACAGAUGAAAUGGAAGUAACAGUAGUGGUUCCACACGAUGCUGCAGUGAUAUCUAAUAUCGGCAAAGAGCAAACUUCAGAGGAAAAUUUAUUAAACAGCCAAACCUGUAGGCCUACUUCAGAAGCUUUUAACAUCACUGUCUCCCUUCCAGAACAUCCUCCAUCCCGACAGGUGUCAUCGUCGCCCCUUCCUACCAGCACCGCCAUCACUGCUGCUCUCCUGCACAUGUCACCACCCACAAGUUCACCAAUAGAAUCGAAAAAGAAAGUUCUGGAAGCUGUAAACGAGGGUGUUCCCGCAGUCCGAAAUAUUAUUCAGAAGUUUAAUCAACGCAUCACAGAAAACCAAGAGCUGCUUGGUAGUCCAUUCCGGUCCCCGCCAACCAGUCCUCCACCGUGGCAGUCUCCUCGGACACAAAGGAAAAUAUUGGCGGGACUUUUAGCUAGCCAAAUUAAGCAAGUCGGCGAUUACCCCCAAAGUAAUGUUGUAUUAACACAACCAGAAUCAUCUCGUUCUCUGAUUGUAAGCCCCAUCGGUGGUGUUUUGAAGUCGCUGAGUGCCUCAGUCAUUGCCUCUAAUCCUGAACUUCCACAUCAGGUUCAGCGAUCUGCAAGUGGAUCACUUGUCCAAGAUAGCAAGUCUAAUACAAGUGAGGGUCUUAUUACCACAGGACUUCUUACCCCAUUGAGGCUAAGUAAAUCGAAAGACCCAAUCACAGGUGACGUGUGGAGUGGUUCACCAUCCGCCAGUCCUGCCAUCAGCCCUGUGCCCACUGAUGUUGAUUCAUCUUAUGACUUGGACCUAUCAGUGGACGACACUAACCAGCUCCAGCAUGAUCGCACAACAGCAGCACCUGGAAGUAGAAGCCCUGCAGCUCACCUUCGUGCCCUCAAAAUUAAGAAAGCUAAAGAAGAAUUUCUUGCACGUGGAGCAGCUCCAUUAACAACAGAACAAAGACUCAGUGGCUGUCACGACCCAGUAAAGUUGAGACACAGAAGUGGAACUGAUAGCACAGAGGACAGCUGGCGAGAGUCAGAUGACGUCUACACAGGAGGACCAUCGCCCCUUCCUUCGCCCACUCCAACAGAAGAGAGUUCCCAAGACAGAGAGGAGACACGUGAUAAACCCCCUCGAGCUGCUUCUAGACGGCGUAACAUUCCAAAAAAGGAAUCAUUCCGGAGGCAGAGUGCUGGAUGCUUGCUUGAAGAAUCUGCUUCGCAAAAUCUUUCGUCCCAGGUUGUUAAAUCUGCCUCAUCUGGAGUCCUAGGAAGUGGAAAGAGACAUUCGCGGUAUUCUGUAGAUUCAGAAUCUCCAGAUCGCAGAAAGGUCUCUAACGACCCAGGUACUGAAUCAACCAAGUCAUCAUUAGGAAUAUUCAAAUUAUUUAGGCGCAACAAGAAUAGGGAUAAAAAAGAUAUGCCCUCCGUACAGAGGCUGUGUCGGCAGAGUUUGCUGGUAGAUUUUGCCAACGGAAAAGGCCGCACACAAAGUGCUUCUCCUCAACCGCGCUCAGACUCUCCACUUGUUGCUUUGGAAGAAGUUGAGGGUGAAGAUGCCUCAGAGGCUGGACGCUCCUCCAAGACGCUACCACGAGCAGGUACUGGAGACGUCGCCCCUCUUGCUCCCUCCCGUUCCUGUCCUUCGUCCCCAGUGGCUCCUCAUCGCUCCCGCACCGCCAACUGGCUGGCUCGUGGACGACAGAUUUUCAAGAGUCGCUCUCCUUCGCCAAGCAAGAAGCCACGGUGACACGAAUCUUGUGAUCUGCCUCAUGUAUUAUUACGCAAUAACCUGUAAGACAAUAAUGUUGCACGAAUCUAUAAAUUGCCCUUGCUGCUACGAGGCUUAUUUAUGCCUUGUUAUAAUGUUCAUCCGGUGUAUGCUCAACCUGGUGCAAGAUUCUCUCGAUAUGCACCAUUCAGUGUUGCAACGAGAGAUAGAUAAAUUGUUUUUCAAAGAUAACACUUUAAUAUGUAAUGAGUUUGUGACAUUCUGGAAACCAGAGUUUAAUUAUGAUCACGUGCAAGCUAUUUUUGUUUUCUAUGAAAGUGGUCGUACGGCAGGUCUCUAGCUUCCUUCCUGGUCGCGACGGCCUUCUGCGGUGUGUACAGAGAGCAUUGAUAGUGCAGGCAGGAGAAGGCAACAUUUUUCUAGUCAACAGAGGAAACCGUCCAUAUCUCGAGUCUCUUGGUGACUGUGGGACAGUGUGUCGUUAUCAAGAGAGGAAAAGGUAAUGUCUCCACCUCUAUAUUACGUGUGUAAUAGUGCUGUUACCUACACUUGUAUAGUUCAUGUACAGUUUUCUGCCUCAAGGCAAGGAAAGUCAAUAUGAUGAUGUUGACUUUGUACAAGCAAAUAGAUCGUUAAUGAUAUUUUAACACUUAUUUGAGUAUUAUUAAAGUUGACGUUACGUACGUGCAUAGUGUCUUGAAUUGGACAAGUGGAGUGUGUGGUGCGUUCACUCGGCCAGCAAAGUACAGUGUCAGAAUUAUUCUUAAUUGAAGGUGAUGAAAUUCGGAGCCAAGACGAGAGUAAACGAACACACUACCACACGAUCAUCCCGGUAAACAUACCGACUAAAAUGAACUCUAGUUUGUAUUAUUACGUUUAUCAUUGUUUUGGCUGUUAUUAUUUAUUAUUAUUUAAUAUAUUUUAAUUAUCAUCAUCGUAUUAAGUUUGUCUCAAGUAAAGUAGUUUGUAUGACGACGUUUCUUGCACUGCGUCAGUGGCACUAAUAAAAUAAUGUUGUGAAGAUUAUUAUUAUUGAUCUUGUUUCACAUGACGCUGGUACCGAUCAAUAGAACACCAGAUGGUUUAUCUGCAUGAUGGCAUUGUUUGGGCAUCUUGCACACUUUUAUCAACUAUCUUAGCUAUACACACAAAUGUACUGCUACCUUAUUUUAUGGAAAGAAUUAGAGGGAGAUAUGUAUUUUAGCAUUGUAAAAUGCUAAAACACCGCCUUGAAUUACCUUGGUAAUCCAGAGUAACUUAGUAUCCGCUAAUGUGGUGUUGAGGCCCAUACAUGUGGGUUAAGAGCGUGACUAUAUGCUACACGCAGCCUCCUUCACGACGACACGUGAACGGAAAAAGUUCAGAGGUAUGCCACUAGGCUAGUCCCAUAACUAAGAGGCAUGAGUUACAAGGAAAGGCUACAUGAAAUGCAACUCACGUCGCUGGAAGACAGUAGAGCUCGGGGGAGACAUGAU